AUGACUUCCCUCGAGGAGCCUCCCUGUGUCCACUUCUCCGUCGACAAACAGAACAUCUCCCUCUGGCCCAGAGAGCCUCCUCCCAAGAAUGCCUGGCUUUUGGGCACACUGUCCGACAUCAAGACCAGUGGUGAGCUGCUGACGGGGCGUGUGGACAACAUCAGCACCGAAGGACUUGACAUUCAGAAGAACCGCGGUGGCCUGAAGGCUGCCAGCGUUCAGAUCCAGAGGGUGAACGUCAGCCUGCAACACGUGCGCUCUCAGUUCCUGGCGCUGGAGACGGGUCUGCAGCGGGCCGACGCACGGAUCCAGAUGUUAACAAGAAGCUGGCAGGACGUCAGCGCGCUCAAUGCCCAAAUCCCAGAGUUAAAAAGAGAUUUGGAUAACGCCGGCGUUUUCAAGGCCAAGAUUCAGGGACUUCAGAGCAGUCUGGAAAGGCUGGACCAAUUGCUCAGACAACAAAGGGACAUUCUACAGAUGGUCUCUCAAGACUGGAAGUACUUCAAUGGGAGCUACUACUACUUUUCUUACACCCCCAAAACCUGGUACAGUGCCCAGCAGUACUGUCUGUCCAGGGAUUCCCACCUGACUUCAGUGACUUCCGAGCAGGAACAGGAGUUUCUAUACAAGACAGCGGGAGAACGCGUCUACUGGAUCGGCCUAACCAAGACUGGCAGUGAUCGGGACUGGGUGUGGGCAGAUGGCACUCCAUUCAGUAAGGCCCAAAGUGCAAGGUUCUGGAUUCCAGGCGAGCCCAACAACGCUGGGAACAACGAGCACUGUGCCUAUUUGAAGAGGGCCUCCCUUCAGGCCUGGAACGAUGGCUCUUGUGACAUCCAGUUUCUUUUCAUCUGUAGGCAGCCCUACAUCCCAUCCGAGUUGUGA